AUGGCUGUCGGCAUCAUCCUUCCAGCCAUCCCUACCAGCACACUUACCUUCCACACCUGUGUUCCAACACCUCUGGCCUUCACCUCGAAUGUGCUCGGCACACUCAGUAUAGUGGCAUGGCUCUUCGCUCAACUACCGCAGAUAUACAAGAAUUGGAGCAUAUCAAGUACAUCUGGCUUGUCAAUCUUCUUCCUGGUAGAGUGGUGUCUUGGCGAUUUUGGCAACUUGCUUGGAGCACUCUUCACGCACCAGGCGUCAUGGCAGGUCGCGAUAGGCGGCUAUUAUGUUUUCGUGGAUCUUUGCUUAGUUGGGCAGUGGAUGUGGUAUGAGCGGCUGCGGCACGGGAGUAUUAUCCGAAGAGCAUGGCCGAGACCUGGAUUUGAGGACGAUGAUGCUAGGAGUGGUGAUAUGGAGCAAGUUGUGAUCGAGGGUGUAUCCAUGAGUCCGACAUCGAGCAAUGACGGUCCACAGUCACCUGGAGCACAGGCCCAGAGCAAGACCAAGCAGCCGACGAGACCCAAGAUCAUAUUCCGAGCCCCCACUUUCCAGCAGGAGUCUCGAGAUGCCGAGGAGAAAGCAUCAUCCACUACGCCUGGCGGUACCACAAUAUAUCGAGUUGGCAGAUCGUCACCACUGCCUUCACCUUCACCGCGAACGAUGCUACUGAUAGCAUGUGUGAUCGCACUGGCACAGGCUUCACCGAUCAACAAGCAUGAGUCUAUCAUGAAGGUGUCGAUGACACGAGCUACGCAGCCGACAAGGCUAGAGACUGCUGGCACGAUCUUGUCAUGGAUGUCGACUUUCCUCUAUCUUGGGUCUCGCUUGCCACAGCUCUUCAAGAACUGGAAGCGAAAGUCGACGGCGGGACUAAGUCCACAUCUUUUCAUGGCUGCUUUCUGUGGUAACUUGUUCUACUCAUCGGCUUUGCUCACGAACCCGUGCGCAUGGUACGACUUCGCUGCUUAUGGAGGAGGUGGCUGGGUUGGCGCUGAGGGCAGUGAUCGGAUAAAGUGGGUGCUUGCAGCUCUACCCUUCUUCCUUGGUGCUUUUGGCGUACUUGGGCUAGACGCUAGCGUUGGCAUACAGUUCUUGAUAUACGGCGAGAAAGUCAAAGUGGUAGUUUUGGAAGACGAGGGGCCUGGUCGAAGCUGGCAUUGGCGGCGUGUCAGCGGGUGGAUGAGAGGCUGGACACCUAGCUCGACCGCAAGCAAAGACGGCGAGCGUGAGGCAUUGAUUGAGCGUAGGCAGCAGCAUAGCGAGGGUUAUGGGACGAGCUCAUGA